GAAAACAGCUGUUUUACAACAGUGUGUAGGCUACAGCUACAAAAUGCCAUUCUCUUGCAAACAUUCAAGCUCGUUUGCGUACCUGCAGCAAGACAUGCUGGCAUCCUUUGUUCCUGAAGCAGUCCGUCAGCUUCGGUUUGCAGCAGGUGUCAGGAACCAGUGCAUCGCUGCAAAGGCAAGCGACCAAGCCCUGCGCUCUUCUCAGAACAACCCGGAAUUAAUUCUGAGUUCAAAGAAGUCUUCUUCUCUGAACCCCCUCUUUCCAUCAGAAAACCUGGCAAGAGCUAGGAGACUCCUGAUGGCUGAAAAUGGGGGAGCAAAGAGGUGACUACCACAACCAGCAGCUUCUGAGGUACGGUUAGACCUUCAGCUUCCCUUGUUUUAUCCGGAGCAGAGUCAUUGCUGACCACAGUGCCUGGGAAUGAACGCCUGGAGGGAGACACUGUUCUUCACCAUGCAGCCGCUCCUCCCUGUCUGAUGAGGUCCAACAGGCGAGAUUCUGCUGCAACAGAGUUGGUUGCUCGAGCCUACCUAAUAUUUUCUGUAAUGCCAUUUGCAGCUUCCCAUGAGCCUGGAGAUGGUGAUGUUUCUUUCUCCAUUGCAGUGGGAGUAGAGGAAGCCCAUGGAGAAACAUUUCUGUUUUGCUUUGCCCCAACUUGUCCGAGGCUGUGGGCCUGCUGGUGUGUGAACCGUGAGUGACCUUUCUCUUGGUGCUUCCACUGAGGAAGAAAUCACAUUUUCUGCAGGAAAACAAGGGGCACGUCGAGGUGCAGUGAUGAGUUUGCUGUUUUCUGUUGCAGUUUUUCCUUUCCCAUGGGGUCCUGUGCUGGGUGCAGCAGUCCAGGGGUGACCGGGAGGCUGCCCUCUCAUUGCAACUUUUCUCUUGGUUUGUGCUUGACAGUUUGAGGCUUGUUAAGGGGAAAAAGAUGGUUUGGAGGGAAGAGGAGAUGGGAGGAAUGGAGGAAGCUCACUGCGUGUAAAACCGUAUGGGGAUUCCCAGUCCUUUCCUACAGCUGCAGUAAUUGCAGCUGCAUGUGUGGACACUGCUCCAAGUGGCUGAAUCUCCUUCAGUUUAAUCCACCAGUGCUGUUGAGCUGGACUGGAGCUUCAGGAAGAGCUGAUCAGACGAGCAGCUCCUGGCAGCUCAAUCCCUAUCCCUUUACGAUGCUGGUAUUAAAAAAUAAAUAAAGAACCCUCAAAGCACACACCCAGUCCUUACUGGGAGGGCUGGGUGGGGGCAUGAUGCUGCUUGAGAGGAAGAGGAGGGGAGGAAGCAGUAGCUUUGGGAUGUUUUCAAAACUGUCCGGCUGCAGGAUGUGGGGAAAGUGUGAAAUGCAAGGCUGCUGCCAGCUGCCCCAGCACGGAGCCAGUAGCUGCUCUGCAGGGAGCAGCCCUGGUGUGUGGCCGCUUUCUGAGGAGGACAGGGUGGGCGAAACAUGGCUGGGCAGUGCGGGGGCUUUCCCACCCCAUGGUGCCCCCUCAGCAAGCACCUUUGCUGCUGCGAAAAGGGGGACAUGGUGGCUUGGCUUUGGUUGGCCAAAGCGAUGGGCUGAGGAUGAAGCACGUUGUUUUCUCUCCCAUCUCCUCCUGGACUGCAGGGAGGAAGCUGGUUUGACCCUUGGGGCAUCACCUUGUUUGGUGGCAUCACAUGAAGGUUAUCUCAUCGGAAGGUCUCCCAGGAGUCUCCAGAUCACCUGAGAGUGGAGUAUUGCCACAGGUGAGGAUGCUCAAGUUUUACAGCUUCAGGACUUCCCAGCCCUGGGGUGAAUCUCUGCCGGCUCCUGUGUCUCCAAGCAUCAGAUGAGUGGUUUUGGUGCGGGUUGGGCUCAUGGCAGGGUUUUGAGGAUGAGGAGCAGGUUUGUAAUCAUCAGCCCGUCUCAGCCCUUUGUGUGACCUUGAGCAACGCCAUGGGAAUUUUGCCCUGCUGCAGAGCUUCUGCCUUCUGCUCCAGUUCACUUGGAUGAGGAGAGCUUCUCUCUUUUCCUUCUUGAUUUUUAUACAUUCAAACUUCCUUGAAAAUGGAGGAAAUGAAACCACAGGGCUUUUUUGUGAGUGAUAUGAGAGAGCUCAGUCUCCUUCCAGAGAAGAAAUGAAAUUUAGGGUAAAAACUAUCUCCCCAGUCAUUUGUGCUGGGUGCAGGAGUUUGGGGGCCACUUGGUGUGGCAGGUGGGGGUGACCCAGGCUGUGAUAUCCCUUGGUGAGGUGCUUGGUGUGCCGCAAUAACAUGGUUCAUCUCCUGACUGCUGCAGAAGGUCCCAUUGGCACCAGUGCCUGGGACGUGGAGCAUGGAUGUUGCAGGGCGGUACCUGCUGAUCCCACCGGACAGGAUUCUGUUGCAGGGCUGAAUCCUUUCUCCAUAGUUUUGAACUCUUUCCCAGCUAGGUAAAUCCAGGCAAACCAUUAUCCCUCCUCAGUGGCUGGAUUUGCUGGGGAUUUGGGGUGUGCAUGAGGACCCUGGGAGAGGGUAGGCAUGGGGUGGGAAGGGCGGUGGAGAGCUGGGGUAGAGGGGGGUGAGGAGGAAGGGGGCCCCCCUGUUCAUAUUGCCUUGGAAAUGUGGAUUUUUGUCUCGCUCUCUGCCUUGGUAGUUGUGGGAAAAGCCAUUUAUGCUGAUUUUCACAUAGGGGUCGGCACCUGGGAGGUCCCUGUAUCCAGAUGGGUCUGGCUUGCACCCUGAGUGCUGGGUUUGCCAAAAUCCCGAGCAGACCCAGGAGACCCAAAGGUCUGUGGGCGGUGGGAUCUGAGCAUCCUGAAUCUCACCUAGACAAUGCAAGGGGCUGGGUGCUGGUGUCCCAAAGCGAGGACUUGACAUGUGGGGAGAUGUUCAACCUUGGCUUGGGAUGCAAUGGGAAAGAACAGCACCUUCUUCUUCCCCCGCAGGAAGCGCAUCACUUGGCUCCUGUUGAAGCCCCUGUGCUGGGCACUGGAGGCAAGUGGGAGACUAGAGGGGCACGAUGGGAAUAGGCACCAUGCAGGGGAGCGCCAUGCAGCUGGUGGCUUUUCUUGAGCCCCGGCAGGGUCAGUGGCAUGGCUCCGCAGGCAAGAACCUCCUCCUCCCCCCUGCCCCGGGUCACUAGCUCUGCUGCCUGAAACCCUUGCAGGGGUUUUGCUGCUGGAGCUGUGCAGAGGAGUCACAGUGCAAGGGUUGUCCCCAGAGAUGGCUUGUCCCUGGGAGCAGCAGGAGAGCCAGGAGCUGUGUGACCCUUGGUGGAGGCCAGUUCCCCCUAGCAUCCCCCUCCCUGCCUGCCCGGCCCCCACGGUUCCUCCUUGCUGGGGAGCUGUUUGCGAGUGCAUGACCUGGGUUGUAAGUGCUGAGAUCAGUAAGCGAAGUGCCUGGCCACGCUCUCUGCCUCCAUGUGACUGCAGUUUCCGUUAGCUCCUUCCGCAAAGGCUAUAUUAGUGCUAAGCGAGAAAGCGGGUGGGAGAGAAACCCAGUGGGUUGCACCUACCCUUAGCCCCAAGAGACCCCACCGAGCACAGCCGGAGAGGCCGUCGGCUGCAGGAUGAGUUGUGGCAAACCCUGUGCACCACUCCACGCGGUGAGUAACUGCCCCCCAAUACCUCUGCUGGGGGGAAAACCCCACUGGGGGUUUUUGGGGAGCCCCCCAUGCCAGCUUGAAGAUCCAUGGUGGCUGUGUGUCGCUAAUGCCCCCACUCGCAAGAGCCAUGGCUGUGUGGGCUGGUGCUGGGCCUGGCGUGCACUGUGGGGAGCACCCUGGGCGCUCCCAGACCUCUUGCAUGUGGGCUCCUCUGUGGGGCUGUGGGCAGAGGUUUCCUGCCGGUGCUGCUGCCUGCUCUUCUGGCUGGGCAGACACCAUCCCCGCAGCCCCAGGGAGGACUGUGGGAGGAUAGAGGCACUUCUCAUGUUGGAGGAGACCCAACGCUGGGCAGCAAAGAAAGGCUGAGCUGGGUGAAGGAAAGCGCGAGCUUCUGCGGAGGGGUUCAGGGGCCGAAGGUGAGGCAGAGCCAAAGUCCCUGGUUUUUGGAUGCAGCGAGGACACAGCAGGGUCCCUCUCCUGCCACUGUGCCCGAGUGCAAGGCACUGCUGGAGACCAAGGGCUCGGGAGGGCGCAAGCUGCUGUGCAUCAGCUCCAGCCUGGGGAAGAGGGGCUUCUUCUCCAUCACCACCAGAUUAAUGAAUGCCACUUUGAUAAUACACCAGCUUAAUGCUUUUGGCUGUCCCAAGGAAGGAGACAACCCAGGAUGUGUCCCCUGCUCCCUCUGUGCUGCAAGCCUCUGGCUACCUGGGCUGCCAAAAAUAACCCCCCAUUUCUUCUUCAAGCUCUGGCAGUUAUGAAAACGCCACUUACUGAGCCCUCGACAAGACCUCGCUGCUCAUUUGCCUGAGGUUCAGCUUUUCCCCAGAUGCAAAUGCCGUCAGCUCCAGUUCCACCAAGAGUGCCACCGCUGAGAUGGAGGCCCCGCUCCCUGGUCUCUCCCUGCUUCUGGUCCUCCUGGCAGUGGGAUGGGGAAGCGGGGCAGUCACAGCCUGGACAACGUCUCCCGGUGGCUGCGAGCUCGUGCAGAGCACUGCAGACUGCACUGGGAGAUGGCUGAGCUCUGUCCCAGGAAAUCUUCGAGGUGAUACUGAGGAGCUGUUGCUUGAUGACAACACUAUCCAGGUCCUGGGCAAUGCCUCUCUGCUCUCAUACCAGCAGCUACGGCGUCUCAGCUUGACCAAGAAUCGGCUGGAGCUCAUCAAGCCUGGUGUCUUCCUCAGCAGCCAAGGCCUCCAUGCACUCUCCUUGGCAGACAACCUCCUCUUCACCAACUAUUCGCUGACAGCAGCUGCUCUUUCUGCUCUGCCAGCCUUGAGGACGCUGGAUCUAGCUGGAAACCGCCUCACUGAGGACAUGGUAUCGGUUUUGGUCUGGAAUCUGUCUUCCUUGGAGUCCUUGUCCGUGGCCAGGAACAUCAUCAUGAGGCUGGACUCGUCCGUCUUCACGAACCUGACACAGCUGUUGGAGCUGAACCUGGAGAAGAACUACAUCUUUGAGAUUGACCAAGCUUUUGAAGGGCUGCAGAGGCUGCAGAGGCUCAACAUAGCUUACAACUACCUCCCGUGCGUAGUGGAGUUCAGCCUGACCCAGCUCAGGGAGCUCAACGUCAGUAACAACGUCAUUGAGUGGUUUCUGGCCCUGGAAAGUGAUGACCUCUUUGAGCUGGAGGUGCUGGACCUGUCCCACAAUCGUCUCCUCUUCUUCCCCGUGUUGCCCCGGCAGAGCAAGCUGCACUCCUUGUUGUUGAAGGACAACGAGAUGAGCUUCUACCAGCGCCUCCCCAAUGGCACAUCCCUGGUGGAUGUCACGGUGCAGUUCCUGCUCAUUGAUGGCAACUCCACCAACAUCACGACAGUCAGCCUCUGGGAUGAGAUCUGCCACAGCAACCUCUCCUCCCUGCACCUCCUGGACAUGAGCCAGAACCAGGUCUGGUACCUGCCAGAGGGCUUCCUGGCCCAGAUGCCCUCCCUGACCCACCUGAAGCUCAACCAGAACUGCCUGGAGACAUUUCAGCUGUUGGAGGGGGACCCCUUAGCCAUGCUGACAGAGCUGGACCUCAGCCAGAACCAGCUGGUGGAGCUGGGGGCAGAGGUGGGGGCUGGGAACAUCCUGCCCAACCUCCAGCUCUUCAACCUCAGCACCAACAGGCUCCAGGUGCUUCCUCCUGGGGUUUUUGCCUACACCAGGAAGAUCACUACCGUGGACCUCAGCCGCAACCGGGUCAACCUCUGUCCCCAGCCAGCUGUUGCAGGUGAGGCGGAAACUCCCCCCUGCGUGGACAUCAGGGGUGUCAAGACCUUGACUCAUCUCUCCUUGGCCGGCUGUGGUCUGCGGGGACUGGGUGGCCACCCCUUCCAGGGGACGUCGCUGAUGCAUUUGGACCUCUCUGACAACCAUCAGGCACUGUCCGGGGACCUGGGGUGGCUGCAGGACCUUGCUCUGACGCUGCAGGUGUUGUCUCUGAGGAACACCAGCCUCUCCUCCACUGCCAUGGACUUCUCUGCCUUUAACAGCCUUGUGCGCUUGGACCUUUCGGGGAAUUCCUUGAGCGUCUUCCCCUCCUCGCUGGGCAUCCUGAAACUGCUCAGCCUGGACCUGCGGGACAACUGCCUCCCGGCUCUGCCACCGGAUGUCGCGCAGAUGCCGCUGGGGAAGAGCCUGCAGGAGGUCUACCUCAGCCAAAACCCCUACAACUGCUGCACGUUGGGCUGGUGGGACUCCCUGCAGCGAGUCAAGGGGUUGCACAUCCCCGACGGGCAGGAGAUGACCUGCAGCUAUGCCUCCCGCACGCUGAGCCCCAGGGCGCUGCCAGAGCCCGUCCUGUGGAGCUGCCGCUGGCAAACGGCCGACCUGGCGCUCCUCUACCUCGUGCUGGCUCUGCCCACCUGCUUGACGCUCCUGGUGGCCUUCGCUGUUGUCUUCCUCACGCUCAAGCAAAAGCUGCUGAAAAUGGUGAAAAGCCGGUGUGGGGUGUCUACCCCUUACUGAUGGCUGAGGAGGAGGAGGGAGGGAGGGCUCGGGAACAGUGAACGUGAGUGGGUUGUCAGGAUUACAGGCAAUAACCUCUCCGAGGUGGGUGAGAUGGAAGCUUGGUGGAUGUAGGACCACGGAGUGCUGGGAGAGCUCCUGUUUCUGCUACAGAUGCCCUAAGGGUACCUGAAGGGUGUGGGGCUGUGUCCCGUGAUGGAGCCUGGGGCCGUGCUGGGCAUCCUCAAGGGACACAUCUUCAGCAGAAACCUUCAGUUGAUGCUGGCGAGAGCUGAGUGGACACAACACCAAACGCCUCUUGGCUGAAGGGGUACGGACAGUUUCCCCCAGCGCUGUUUCCCCUCCCCCCUUCAGGCAGUUCCCUUUAUUUAUUCACACCCUGUAGCCAACUCUCCACUGCAAAACAUCCUCCAGCUCUGCAACCAGCCUCCACAAACCACCCCAGGCUGGAGCAAGCAUCACCUGGGCCCUGUGGAGAAGGGUCUCUGUGGUCACAGCUUCUCACGCUACUCUUGCAGGCACCAGCAAACUCGCAGGCAGCCCUGGGCGUGCACCCGUGCGUGUGUGCUGAUAAGACAGGCGUUGUCCGCAGGGCUGAAAGACACGUUUUGGGGUGUUGUUGCUUGGUUAAGUUGCGAUCCUGGUUAGAAAAGCCCAUUAAAAAUAGCCCAAGCUGCAAUGCUGUAAAAUAUUGAUUGAAGGACAGGAGAAUAAAUUAUAUCAUGGGUGAUAUUUUACAUCGAUUUCUUUUUCUCCAGCAACUGCUGGAUUAAACAGAUGCAAAGGAGAUAAA